AUCUGUUCUUCCACAUUGGAAAUCUUUCAUCUUCCCCAAAAACGCACUCUUCUGCUGCAUAGCGUUGCCAUGCUGCCGGGAGGCUGUGAAUGAGAAAGUAUGUCAUCAGACUUUGACUCCAGAGAUGAUCUGGUGGAGAGGGGGUCCAUCCCCCUGGACAUCGACAAUGUCCACAUGCUGCUGCAGGUGGAACAAGAACAGAUCCAGAAGAAGACCUUCACCAACUGGGUCAAUGCUCAGCUGGCAAAGCGGAGGCCACCAUGUAUGGUCCUGGAUCUGUUCAAUGAUUUCCGUGAUGGCUCCAAACUGCUGGACCUGCUGGAGGUGAUGAGCGGCCAGCGCCUCAGUCGGGAGAGAGGCAGGGGAAUGUUUCAGCACAGGAGCAACAUUGAAAAGGCCCUUUCCUUUCUAAAGCAGAAAUCGAUCAAACUAGUCAACAUACACAUUCCUGACAUUAUUGAUGGUAAACCGUCGAUCAUUCUUGGCCUUAUAUGGACAAUCAUUCUACAGUAUCAUAUUGAGGAGUUGGCCAGCAGCCUCUCGUUCAGUUCCCGCCAGUCCUCCAUGGAGUCCUUGGCCAGUCUGGAUUCGCGCUCCACCCUGUCGAGCCGCUCGGCCAGCAGCAGUCCUCUUCCUCCCAGAGGCUCACCACUACAUAACCGUUUCAGGGUUUCUGCCAGGAAGGCCCUGCUGCUGUGGGUUCGGGAACAGUGCCACAAAGCUGGCUGUUCCAUAAAUGUGAAAGACUUCAAAGCCAGCUGGAGGAGUGGAGUGGUCUUCCUGGCCAUCCAGUACGCUCUGCACCCUGAUCUGGUGGAUCUGUCCAAAGCCAGAACCAGAAGCAACAAGCAGAACCUGGAGGAGGCCUUCCACAUCGCAGAGAAGGAGCUGAGGAUCCCCCGACUGCUGGACCCUGAUGAUGUGGACGUUCGGGACCCUGAUGAGAAGUCCAUCAUGACCUAUGUGGCCCAGUUCCUGCAGUACUCCAAAGACCUGCCAGUGCCAGAGGAAGAAACGCAGACACCGUACCUGACUCUUCCUAAAAGUCCUUCUCCUAUCAACCUGCCUGUUCACUACACUCCUGCUAUUUCUGCUUCACCUCUGCGACAGGCGACACCUAAUCAAAAGGCAAAGGAAGUGACCUGCUGGCUGGUUCAGGCCUACGACGAGCUGCUAGAGGGAUGGGACUCCACAGAGGGAGAGAGCUACUCCGAGAGAUACCACGUAUUUCAGACCUUCCUGGUGUCCUUUAAUGAGCAGCGACGUCCCAUCAUGCCAUUGUUGACAGCGAUGAGACGAACCUCGAAACUGAGUGAGGAGCAGCAGUCCCUCAGAGAAGCGUGGGACACCCUCACUGACAAGUUACGUGAAUACAAAGUGUUGUUAGACAUGAGUCUCCCGGCGCCCUUGGAUGCGGUGGCUCACUGGUUGCUGAAAACAGAGAAGGCUCUGGCUGAGGAGGAGGGUGAGCCCCAGGACCACGGCCGAGCCGCUGACGACGCCAGGGAGAAACAGGAGCUCCUCAGGGCCUGCCCGGAGGAGAUGCCGCAGCAUGUGAAGACCUUCCAGUCCUUCCAGAACUUAGAUGAGUAUGGAAACAUGAUGGUUCCUACUGACAAGAUGGAGGAACUAAAGAGGAGGUUCACCAGUGUGAGAGUGACUGUUAAAUACCACGGGAUCAAGCUGGAGUACCGGGAGCACAAGCACACAGUUUUGGAUCUGUUGGGGCAGAUCAGGACCAAGCUGCGGCUCUGGAAGAGACCCUACAUCUCCCCGGAGGCUGUCAGGGUGUUGCUGCAAGAAUGGCAUGACGUGGUUAACACACAGGAGCUACCGUCUUUACUGGAAGCAGCUCUUCAUAAGCUAAAGCAGGUUUCUGAGAAAUAUUCAAGAAAAUCUGCCCUCGCUGCAGAUUACCACCAAGUCAGUCAGCAGGUGAAGCAGCUGGAGGAGGACACCGCCCAGGUUUUGGAAGAGGUGACCACAGCCAAGAGCACCCUGGGAAGGGUGCUCUUGGCCUGGGACUCCUACAGCGAUGACCUCAGCUCCCUGCAGGCUUGGCUGGAGCAGGGCUCUUCAACACACAGCCAUGGCCACAGACCUCUGGUGACGUCUGAGUCUCUGGCUGAGUGGGGCUCCAGACAGGCCCACCUGAACGAGGUGGGUAACUUCCUGAUGGAGGCAGCAGACCCUCAGACCAGCAGGAGCCUGGCAGAGGAGCUGUGCAGACUCAACAUGCGCUGGGCUGAGUUCAACAAGAGAAACACAUUUGACAGCACAGCUGAGCCAAGUGCUGACAUCCAGACCAGACCCCAGGACAUCCAAGCUCUGAUCAGAGAGGCCACUCUCAUUCUAAAAGAGCCUCUGGAGACCAUGGCAGGCCCCUUACGCACCUACAGAAAAAGAUUAGAGCUCUUAAUGAGGAAAAUAAAAGAAGUUGAUCUUGAGGCUCUGGCUCCCUCCCAAGAAUGCCCAGCGGAUCAGUUACAGAAACUAAAGCUUGCUAUACCUGAAGUGAUGCAGACCUUGUUUGAGGCAGAACAUGUGUGUACAGAGUUGCAGCACAGUGUAUCGGGUCUGGACAGUCGCCUGGCUGAACUCCUGCACUGGGAGACUGAGGCCCGGGAGCUCUACCAGCUGCUGAGGGCCGCAGAGCGACAAAAACAGCGGGGCCAGGACCCACGAGCCAGGGUCCUGAUUUCCCGUGGUCUACAGCUGGAGGGCCAGGUGGUCACAGAGGAGCAGGACCUGCAGGUGAUGGUGAUGACGACUCAGAAGAACUCUCCUAUCCAGUACCUCCACGCCUCUGCCAUGCAGGACCGCGUGCGAGCCGCUGUUGCACAGUCACAGGAAGCUGUAGGUAUGCUGAGCAGCCUGGGAGCCAGAAGAGACAGAAGCAGAAGCCCUCCAGAAGGGUCACCUCCAUCAAAAGUCUACAAACAGGCUGAAGAAAAGCCUCAAAAUCUGAGACAGUCAGACACACUCAGAUGGCUAACUCAGCAGCCCAAGACAAAGUUAGUUUCUCAUCAUGAAACCUUUGUGCCAAAGAUAGUUGUGCAGGAAUACAGAGAAGAAAAGGUGACUUCUCCUUCACUUCCAUAUACCUACGCACAAGCUGUGAUGCAGACCAGGACAAAGUCGCCACCAGAAGACCAGGCUCAGGCAUGGCCAGAGACGGUUGCACAAAAACAGCAGACUCAGAAACAAGGAUUGAUACAGCAGCAGCAGCUACUGCAGCAAGAACAACUUAAAAGACAGCCAGAAAAAGAGCUACAACAGCAAGAACUCAAGCAACAGCAUCCACAAGAUGUGCAACAGCAGGGGGUGAUGCAAACACAACCACAGCAACUGCAGCAGAAGCAGAACCAACAACAGGUGGAGCAGCAUGUAGAAAUGCAUCAAUAUCAAGUUCAGCAGCAGGUGGUAUCAGACAGACAAACAUCAGAGCCCCACAAGCAGACUUCACUUCAACAACCACCUGUAAAGAAACCGCAUAUCAGCUCCCAGGAGCUUCAAAGCAGAAAGACUCAGGCCAUGAAGAACCGGCCCUGGCUUCAGAAGCAUAAAACUCCAGAUCCUGAACAGGAUUCCACUCAGGAACCAAUUCUGACUAGACAGACUCAGCCACAGUCAGACAGAGAAACAGCAGUAUCAGUUCAGGUUGUUCCACAGCAUACAGCAAGUGCCAGGCCACAGCCUGAGGCACAUGCAAAAGAUACUAAGCAGCCACCGAAACAGCAAAAAGAGCAACAAAAAGAAACACAGCAACCUCAAACUCUAAAGCAGCAGCAGCAAGAAUAUCUGCAACAUCAGCAGCAACAACAAAAAGAGAAGCAUCAGCAACAACAACCACAGCGACUGGAAAAACAGCAAAAGCAACAGGAACAAUUGCUGCAGCAACAACAGGAAAAACAACCACAGCAGGCUCAACCAGAUACAGACACCAAGGCUAAAUCUCAGACCAUAACUAUGGCUCAGCCUCACCCACAAACAAAGGCCCAAAAUCAGAUACAACCCCAAACUAUGGUUCAGUCCAAAUCUCAGGCAGCCUUUCAAGUGCAAGUGCAGUCCACAAGCCUGUCCCACACUACCACAGACGGUCAGCAACCACUGAAGACCAUUUCCCAAAACAGAGUGAGCCAUAGUCAGUCACAGACAAACGUUUUGCCACAGCCCCAUGGCGCCAUUAAGACACAGUCAUUGACCCAGCCACAGAACCAACUACAGCCCCAGGUUCAGACUCAGUCCCAAACAUGUGUCCCAGCUGGACCUCAGCUGUCUAUGCAGCCACAGGGUCUAGCCCUUAGCCCAGCUGUAGCUCAAGUGCAGACAUGGGCUCAAGUCAGACCUUCGUCUCCUAUUCAGGCUCCACUGCAGGGCCAAAUUCAGCCUCCUGUGCCAUCCCACAUUCAGCUUCGUAGUCAUCCACAGUCAUGGGCUCCUGUCAGGCCACCUUCCCCUAAGCCACCAACACAUACCCAUAUUCAAACCCAUCCUCAGCCAAAGACCCAGUCUCAAAUCCAUGCUCAGUCAACGGCACAGGCUCAAACCCAUGCCCAGUCAAUGGCCCAGGUUCAAACCCAUCCUCAGCCAAAGGCCCACCCUCAAACCCAUCCUCAGCCCAUGGCCCAUCCUCAAACCCAUGUACAGUCCAUGGCCCAGGUACAAACCCAUCCUCAGCCAAAGGCCCACCCUCAAACUCAUACCCAGUCCAUGGUCCAGGCUCAAAUCCAUGCUCAGCCAGUGGCCCGACCAAGUCAUGCCCAACCUUCGACUCAAAAUCAAACCCAUGCUCAACUUGUAGUUCAGCCUCAGGGUCAUUCUCAGCCUAUGAUUCAGUAUGCCACACAUGGUCAGCCAGAGGUCCAGCACCCAGGCCAUAUUUCCCAGGGCCAAAUCCAUGCUUGGAGUCAAGUUAGAGUCUCAUCCCCAAUGUCUGUCCAGCAUCCACAGGCUACAGCACAAUCUCCACUUUACCCCCAAGGUUACUCCCACGGUCAGUCUUCAUCCCAGCAGUGGACACCCAAACAAGAGCCACAAAACCAAGCCAUUGCCCAGCAGAGGCAUCCAAUUCCCCAGCCAUACCCUCAGCAAAUAUGUCAAGCUCCACAGUGUCAGGCUUAUUCAACACUUCAGGCUCUACCACAGUGGCCCCAAGCUGGGCCCCAGCAAGGACCUCAGGUUGGGCCCCCCAUGUAUUCUCACAUGGGGCCAUCCUUUCCUCAGCCUCAGAUGCAAACGCAAACCCAACCCUGGGCUCAAACACAACCCCAAAUGAGACCUCAGAGUUCCAUGCAACAACAACCUCAGAUGACCGCUUAUAAUAUGUUGCAUAUCCAGAUGCAACAAAGCCAAGUUCAACAACAGACUUGGGUUCAAGCUCAGCCUCAACUUCAGCCCCAGCCUUAUGCACAACCUCAGUCGCAGCAAUAUUCACAGGUUCAGCAUCAAACUCAGCAUCACCCACAGCCUCAGAUGCAAGCUCAAAUAUCUCCCCAAUCACAACCACCACACCAAGCCCAUCCUCAGCUUCCUUCACAGCUUCAACUCCACCCCCAGCUGCAGGACCAGUCCCAAACACACAACCAGACCCAGUCAUGGGUACAAGGAAAUCCCCAGGCCCAGACUCGGCAGCCUCAGCUCAAUCUUCUGUUUCAGCAGCCACCUACACAAUCCAAACAUCAAGUCCAGCUCCAGCCACAACCAAAUAUUCAGUCACCAACUCAACCAAAAGUUGAAUCACAUCCACAAUCCAAACCUGUUGCCCAAUUGGCACCACAACCAGGGAUUCAAUCACCAACUCAACCUAAGGUUCAGUCAUCAACCCAGGCCAAGGAAGAAUCACUGCCACAAGCCUUACUUGUGCCCCAGUUUCCACCUCAACCCAUGGCUCAGUCAAAAAUGAAGGCUGAAUUACCACCACAACCCAAACCACAGGCCCAAACCGCACCACUACUCGAGGCUCAAUCACCAACUCUACCCAAGGUUCAGUCACCAACCCAACCCAAGGCCCAGUCACCACCACAACCCAAACCACAGGCCCAACCAGCACCACUACUCGAGGCUCCAUCACCAACUCUACCCAAGGUUCAGUCACCAACCCAACCCAGGGCCCAGUCACCACCACAGGCCCAAACAGCACCACUACUUGAGGCUCAAUCACCAACUCUACCCAGAGUUCAGUCACCAACCCAACCCAAGGCCAAGGCACUGCCACAACCCAAACCACAGGCACAAUUGCCACCACAGCCCCAACUUCAGGCUCAGUCCCUAACACUACCCAAGGCCCAAACUGAACCAGAAUCUAAGGCCCAGUCACCCCCACAGGCCAAACCUCAACUUCCACAGUCAAAACCUCAAACCCAGUCUCCUCCGCAACCCAAACCUCAACAGUCCCAAACUAUUCUCCUCUCCCAGGUCAAUGUGCUUCCUCAGUCUCUGGCAGAGUCACCUGACCUGUGCAUUAAACCUCUGGCCCUGGCCCAGGUGCCUCCCCAGGCCUACACUGAGGCUUACUCCAAGGCCCAGGCUUUGGCCAGAAAUGGCUUUGAGGAGGCCAAGCACUGUCUGCAGGAGCACAUCCUUGAAACCAUUAACGUUUUUAAAGACAAAUCUAUAUCAGCCGAGCAAGCAUCAGUGAAAGAGGAGACUCUGAAGACCUUGGACCCAGAGUUGCUAGAGGAGUUCUUGAGAGCAGCCAAGGGCAUGGAGGCCUUUUGUACCCCCUCACAACUCAGUGACAUGGAGUUAUUUACCCAGUCUGUCAGGACACAGUGGGAGGCUUGUUUCUCAGCGGAGGGAAGCUUUGCCCAGGCAGGGCAGCACCUCGAGGCCUUGAAAGAGCUGUGUGACACCCUGAGCCCUGAGGAUGCUCACCGCCUGGCCCAGACUCAGUUGAGGGAGUGUGAGACAAGGCUGGCUGCCAUCCAGCGGCAGUUCAGCGGGGACCAAGAUGCACCACUCCCUGAUUCAAGGAUUCCUGUAGCCUUCAGCGAGGAUCUGACCACACAAAACGAAUCUACAAGACCAAGUGACAAACCUCAUGUCUCCACUGAGGUUCUUCAAGUGACAGUGAAUACACUCUGUGUGGAGAGGAGGGAGGUUGAAAAGCAGGCAUCUGUAGAGGAAGAAGUCACCAAAAAGGAGGCUUUAGAAAGAUAUGAGAAUUGUAAGAGGUCUCUGCAAACCCAACUGGCUAAAAAUGAACAGAGCAUCAAGGAUGUGCCCUCUGACUCCAUCUCUCUGAAAGGCUUGCAUACACGGCUCCAGGAAAUACAGUUCUUGAGGCAGGAGACAGAGUCUCUGUGGUCUGAGUAUGCAAAUCAGUGUUCCCAGUUGAGCAGGAACACUGGUCUCGAACAGGGGAAGGCCGAGCUGCAGGAGCAAUGGCGCUGCCAACAAUCCAAACUUCAGAGGAUGGGCAGCUCGCUGGGCGCCGCCCUCAGACAGAUCGACUCCACCGAGAACCACAUGGUGGACUUCACCGACCGUCUGGACCGCUACCUGAGACAGCCCAAAGACAUCACUGCCUUCACACUGGCUAACACCAACAUCCUCAAAGAUAUCAAGGAACUGGAUGACAACAUCCAGAGCGAGCUGGACCAGCUGUCCCGUCUAGACCCUGACUCCAGCGAUCUGGACCCCAGAGACUGCUUCCCUCUGUCCCGUGAGUUGGAGACUCACAGAACCAGCCUGGAUCAGCUUCGACAGCAGGUCCGGAAGAGUGAAGCAGCCGCCCGUGCCCUCGACCGCUUCCUCAUGUCGCUGCGUACUGUGGACGAGGACAUCUCAGGAGUCCAGGGCGCCCCCUGCCGUGACACUGUGAUACUGCAGGACUGUCGCUCCAAGCUGGCUCUGAUCCGGCAGAGCAUCGACAGUCUGAAAGAAAAGGCGCCUCAGCUGGAUGUGCUCCUGCAGGGGGCCAGAUUGACGGUCACCAGGGAUGGAGUCCCGGCCUCCUGCCUGGACAUGGUAACUGCCCUGCUGAGGAGGCUGGAGGAGGCGGACAGUAGGCUGGCAAGCCAGCAGAAGGGCCUCCAGAAGGAGACGCAGAGCAAAUCGCUGGGCCUGAGGAAGAGGACGCUGCUGGGGGAGCUGAGGAAGCUGCAGGACACAAUUGAAACACAAGGCGUGAAGGAGCCCACCAUACAUGCUGUACAACACAGCCUCCGUGCCUUGUCCGAUUUGGAGGGUCAGCUGCAGGCCCAGCACGCAGAGCUCCAGAACCUCCUGGAACUUCAAGAGAAACAGGGAGGAGGAGAACACUUCCUUCAGGAGCUGGAGACUCAGUGGAAGGAUACUCAGACAGCUUUCUUUGACAGAAAGAAGCAGUGCAGCAUCCUGCUGGAGCUUCUGAAGAAGUUUCAGAGCUGCCGCAGUCACCUGAGCAACACCAUGCAGAAAGCAGAGCAGAGCAUCAGUGAUCAGGCCUCCUACCUGGGCAAGGGCAACCUGCAGAGAAGUAUUACCACGGUGUGUGAUAUUAAGGCAGAGCUGGCAGGUAUUGGGGAGCGUAUGGAAGAGAUGAGAAGUGUUUGCAGACAGCUGCAGUCCCAACUCAAGAAGUUCCCAGACUGCCGCGAGACUCCCUUUGAAGCCGAGGCUGACACACUCAUGGACAACUGGCUGGAUGUGACGGAGAAGACAGAUGCCUACAUGGAUAACCUGCGGGUAGGGGUGGAGCUGUGGGACAAACAGCUGAUGCUGGGGGGGGAGGUGGACAGAUGGGCAGGGGCCAAACUGGCCCUGUUUGCAGAGAGCCAUCCCUUCCACAACAAGCAACAAGUUCUUGCCAUGAGGGAUGAGAUCCAUGUCAAUGAGGAGAACAUUGAGCAUUUCCACAAGAAGUCUGCAGAGAUCCAGGAGAUGCUGCAGAGUCGGGAAGCACCACUGGAGCUGCAGGUGAUGGAAACCCAGCUGAGGAAGCGGAUGGAGCAGGUGAAGGAGCUAUUUGCCGACUGCACCGAUGUCUUCGAGGAACUGAUGGCUGUGAAGAAACACCUAGCUGAGAACAUAGAGCAGUGCCAGUCAGCUGUGGAGAGGAUCCAAGGUUCUGUCAGUAAUGUUGACUCUUCACAACCAAAGGUCGAAGACCAGUUACAGCAUCUGUGUGAUAAACUGGAAGCUCUGGAGCAGCAGGCCGAGGCUGCGAUGAAAGAGGUUGGCUUGGUUUCCAGUGUAGCCAGUCCUCAGGUGCUGGAGGUGCUGUCUGUAGACUGCAGCAGGCUGAAGGAGGCCAUCUGCCGCACCCAGGCCAUGAUCCAGCUGAAGAGAGAGGAGAGGGACAAAGGUCUGCUCAACGUUAUCAAAGAUGAAAGGCAGUCGUUUGAGGAUUGGUUCCAGGACUUGCAGCUGUCCGUCAAUGAGUGCUUUGAGCACCCUGAGAGCAGAGCAGAUGUGGAAACAUCCCUGCAAAGACUCACUGAUGCAGAGAGACGUCUAGAGCAUCUGAAGGUUCAGCUGGAGAGAGGCAGUCAGCAGGCUCCUCUCCAGCAGCUCUCAGAGUUCACCGACUGGCUGAAGGAGCAGCAGAAGGAGGUGGCCACGUUCAGAACCCACUGCCUCAACAGGCAGAAACAAAUGGAGCCGCUCCUCAGGGACUUGAACAGUCUGCAGAAGCAACACGAUAGCUUCCGUGACUGGCUGCAGAACAAAGAAAAACAGCCCGUGGAGGUAGACAAAGUCAAACUUCUACUCAAAAACCUUCAGGAUGAGAGCAGUAGAGCUGAGUCUCUCAGUGAGCUCUUAGCAUCAGUGCGCAGACAAGGCGUCCGAGCUGAAAGCCUCCUGAAGGACGGCGACAACUUGAUACAACGCUACAGAAACCUGGAAAGCAGGCUGCAGAGGAACGCAGACGCCCAGAGCGCCCUGGAGGCAGAAUGUGACAAGUUUAAUACUCAGGCUCAGAGCACCAGGACCUGGAUCACCGAGCUUCUGCAGCCCCUCACCCCCUCUGGCAGAGACACCCAGACACCGGAGAGGAAGCACAGAGCACAGGCCAUCCUGAGCUCCAAAGCCGAGGGAGACUCUAAAAUGAACGCCCUGAGGAGACAAAGUGAAAGUCUGUGUGAGCUGGAGGACCUGCAGGACGGCAGGAAACAAGAGGUCCAGCAGUCGCUCCGAGAAACAGAGGAGCAGUGGAGCAAGGUUCUGCACAUAGCUGAGGAGAAUCUCAGCCAGGCCCAAACACAAGCCCUGUUGGGCAAGGACUUAGACGCUGUCAAAACCCAGAACAAAAAUGUUCAGUCCUGGAUCAGAGACCAGGAACAGAGCAUGCAGUCGCUUGCUGGUUGCAUGCAAGUUGAAGAAAAGCUCCAGAUUGCACAAGCUAUUCUGAGCUCCAAGCCCGAUGGAGAGUCAAAGCUCCAGUGUUUGAAGCAACAGUGCCAGAGUCUGUGUGACAGCCAGGGCUUGGACCAGAGCAGCAGACGAGACGUUCAGGACACAGUCAGACAAACCGAGGAGCAGUGGAGGAAAGUGUUGCAGGCCGCUGAGGAUGGUCUCAACAAGGCGCAGACCGACGCUGCCACUGAAAGGGACUUUGAUGCUUUCAAAAGCCAAAGUGAAAGCAUCCAGUGCUGGAUCAAAGAGCAGAAGCAGAAGCUGUUGUCUCUCGGCAGUCACAUGCCAUUUGAAGAAAGGUUACAGGUCGCACAGGCUGUUAUGACUUCCAAACUUGAGGGCGAGUCCAAGGUACUGGAACUGCAGACACAAGGGGAAGGUCUGCGUGAACAUCUGGAGGAGAGCAGAAAACCAGAGGUUCAGCAGCUGGUGGAAGACACAGAGCAGCAGUGGAGAGCACUUCAGCAGGCCGCCAGGCAGGCCGAGCUCCGGAGUCUUUCAGACGACUUCGACACUCAGAGUAAAAACACUCAGUGCUGGAUCCGAGACAGACAACAGCAGCUACAGGCUGUGGGCAGUCACACACCACCUGACCACAGAUGCCAUGCAGCUCAGACCAUCCUGAGCUCCAAACCUGAAGGGGACUGUACAGUAAACAACCUGAGAAGGCGAGGCCAGAGUCUGUGUGACCAUCAGGACACAGACCAGGGCAGGAAAGCCCAUGUUCAGAAGGCCAUCAGAGACACGGAGGAGCAGUGGAAGACAAUCCUGCAGGCUGCUAAACAGGUGGAAGCUGCUGCAGCAGCCGAGAUUGCCCAGCAGACUGAGAGGAGAGCGUCGGAGCUGAAAGAAUUUGAUACCCAGCAGCAGGACACCCGCAGCUGGCUUACAGACCUGCAACAACGACUGGACUCACUGAAAAGCCAAACCAAAGCUAAGGACCGACUGCACAGUGCUCAGGCCAUUGUGCGCUCCAAGCCCGAAGGAGACUCCAGACUCCAGGAGCUCAGGAGACGAUGCCAGAGUUUGUGUGGUCAGAACCUGGGAGAACCCAAAAAUCAAGAAGUUCAACAAAAAGUAAGAGGCGCUGAGGAGCAGUGGACGAGAGUCCUGCAAAAUGCUAAACAAGUCCUGGAUCAGGCAGAGAAGCGGUGUGCUCUGGAGGGCAAGCAGACAGAAUAUGAAGCCUUGAGAACAAACACCAGAGCCUGGCUGGAAGAUAAGCAGCGGAGCCUCGUCUCUCUGGACAUUCAAACAGAUCUAGAAAAGACAAUAAACACUGCACAGACUGUCCUGAGCUGUAAGCCUGAGGGAGACUCCAGGAUGACAGAACUGAGGAGACAGAGUCAGAUUCUGUCCAACCUGGAGGAGAACACGAGACGGGAGGUUCAGCAGACGGUGAAAGAUUUAGAGGAGCAGUGGAGGACAGUCCUGCAGACUGCCGAGAACUCUCUGGAGAAAGCUGACGUCCAUUACUUGCUCUCCAGGGAGCUAGAGGCCUUCCACACCAAAGCAGGGAUAACUCAAACCUGGGUCAAAAAGCUCCAGCAACAGGCAGAGUCCAAAGGGAGCGGCACUCAGGGCAGCCAUGCUCAGUUAGAGGACCGGCUGAACACAGCACAGGGCAUCUUGAGCUCCAAGACCAAUGGUGAGGCUCAAGUGAUGGAGCUGAAGAGACGAGCACAGAGUCUGUGUGAGCACAAAGACCUGCAGGGAGACAAGAAAGUGGAGGUUGAGCAGACAGUCAAAGACACUGAGCAGCAGUGGGUGACGGUCCUGCAGGUUGCUGAAGAGACACAAAAGCAGUUGAAGGGUGUUGUGGAGCGCCUGGAGUCCUGUGACUACCAGCGAGGCCUGAUUGAGGAGCGUCUAUCUGAGUUACAGAAACAGACCUCCAGCCUGCCCCGUGUCUUCCCCUGGCCCGGCCUGGGAGAGCGGAGGCAGGCGGUGGAACAGGCCCGGAUCAUGCUGGAUCAGAGCACAGCCUUGGCCCCCGUCCUCUCAGACCUCCGCACACAGGCUGCAGAACUGUUUGAGAUCACGCAGGAACGUAGCUGGUCAGAACUGACCUGGGCAGCCAAGCAGGAGUCCAUCCCCGCUCUGCUCAAAGGGCUAACUGAUGCAGUAGCUCAGCUGGAGCAGGGCAUCCUGGCGGAGAGGCAUUGCACCCAGCUGGUGGAGCAGCAUGAAGCAGCCCAGGACUGGCUGAGGGAGCACGUUAAAGGCCUCGGAGCUCCUCCAGCAGACAGACAGGGUCUGCACAGCGCUGUCAACACUCUGAAGGCUUUGCUGCAGACAGUGGACAGGGAGCAGAGAGAGAUGAAGGAGCUGGACUCUGCCAGAGACAGUUUGCUGAGCCUCUGCACGCCUGGAGGCCGCGAUGCCCUGACCCUGGAGAUAAGCCAUCUCCAUGAGCUCUGUGCCACCUCGGAGCAGGAGGUGAGGAAGCGCCUGGUGGCCUGUGAGACCCGGCUGGAGGAGCUGGACGGCCAGCUGGCCAGGAGGGCCAAGGGGCUCAAGGAGAGAUCUGCAGCCCUGCAGUGGGAGCUCCGCUCCCUGGACCAGGCGCUCAGUUACAGCCAACCCCAGAACAACAUCCCUCAGCUCCAACAGCACUGGCACAGCCUUCAGAAAUGUGAGAAAUCGCUGGCAGAUUUGGGUGUGAAAGUUCAGGACCUCCAACAGGAAGUAAAGGCUACACCUGCCACUGAUGAGCUGCCAACAGAAAUUAUGACUCUGGUGAAAUCCUUAUGCCAGCAACAUGACAGUCUAAAGUCCAGGCUGAGUGAGCAUCAGGGUACCUGCUCUACAAACACAGCUCGUUGUCUGAUGGACUGUCUUCACGCCCUGCAGGAAUGGAACCACAGCAAACCAUCAGAAUCCAUUUCUUGUGUGCAGGUUUCUGUAUUUUUCUUUCUUUUUACUUUAUUUUUUUUGUUUUUUGACAAGAGAAAAAGAAAGGAAAAACCGGACAGACAGACCAAGGGACAGCAGUCAAAAUCAUCAUAGAUUAACAGAAAUGCUCAACAACAUGUAAAAUAGGAAAAGAAAAGAAAGAAAAAAAGACAUAUACAUCUCACUUUGUAUUCAGAUAAGAUGUCCAGUUUUUCCAAUAUACUUCACAUUUCCUCCUGGCAUGUCUCAGAGAGAAAGUCAAAUGUUCCAUAACAUAAAUUUCCCGAACUAUUUCUAUCCAUUCAGCAAUUUUUUGCUUUCUUGUUACCUGCUAAUAGUAUUUGUAACAAAUAUCUGUCUUUCUCAGCCCUGUUGGUAGAUUUUCUAAAUACAUAACGCUGAAAUUAAUAAAAUUUCAGCUGUUUAUCAUGUCCUGGUGGUCUAUAGACAUUCAUUAAUGUAACUUCUUUGUGGUCAAUAAAACCUUUGACCAGUAA